GGUGGGCGGCCAGGCUGGAUCGGCGCAAGAGGCCGACCGGGGGUCAGUCGCCCCCGGGCCGCCCACCUCGCCCCACCUGCUCUCUCCUCACUCCGCCUAAGACCUGCCCGGAGGGAGCUCCGCGCACCCGCCCCGCCGCCAGAGUGAGCGCGCCCGGCCGCCCGCCGGGGCCGGCUCCGCGCCCGCCGCCCCGUCGCCCUGCCUCUCGCCGCCCUGCCGCCCGAGCCCGCCCGGCCCGCCCGGCUCGCGGCCCCGCGCCGCCGCCUGCGCAGCCGCCCCCACCCCCGCCCCGUGGUCCACGGUCCCGCCGUUCCGUGGCCCCGGGCCCCAACCCGCUCUCCGCUAUCGCCGACACCGCAGCCGAGCCGCCCGAGGCCGCCGACAUGGCCCGGGGCGGCGGCCAGAACUGGACCUCAGGGGAGGCGGAAGGACGGACCGAAAACCCCGAGCCAGAAACGAAGAUGGUCAAGGAGACCGAGUAUUAUGACAUCCUGGGGGUGAAGCCCAGCGCCGCCCAGGAGGAGAUCAAGAAGGCGUAUCGAAAGCUGGCGCUUAAGUAUCACCCAGACAAGAACCCGGACGAAGGCGAGAAGUUUAAACUCAUCUCCCAAGCUUAUGAAGUACUUUCAGAUGUAAAGAAAAGGGAAAUUUAUGACCAGGGUGGCGAGCAGGCUAUUAAAGAAGGAGGCACAACAAGCGGUAACUUCUCAUCACCCAUGGACAUUUUUGACAUGUUCUUUGGCGGUGGAGGACGGAUGACUAGAGAGAGAAGAGGUAAGAAUGUUGUGCAUCAGCUAUCUGUAUCACUUGAAGACAUAUAUAAUGGAGUCACAAGGAAACUAGCACUCCAGAAAAAUGUAAUUUGUGAAAAAUGUGAAGGAGUUGGUGGGAAAAAGGGAUCCGUUGAAAAAUGCCCCAUCUGCAAAGGGAGAGGAAUGCAAAUUCACAUCCAGCAGAUCGGGCCAGGAAUGGUACAGCAGAUUCAAACAGUGUGUCUUGAAUGUAAAGGCCAAGGUGAACGAAUUAACCCAAAGGAUCGAUGUGAGAACUGUAAUGGAUGUAAAGUUGUAAGAGAGAAAAAAAUUAUAGAAGUUCACAUAGAAAAAGGUAUGAAAGACGGACAAAAGAUUAUGUUUCACGGAGAAGGAGAUCAGGAGCCUGAGCUGGAGCCAGGGGAUGUUAUAAUUGUGCUUGAUCAGAAGGAUCACGGCGUCUUUCAGAGAAGAGGUCAUGAUUUGAUCAUGAAAAUGAAAAUUCAGCUCACUGAAGCUUUGUGUGGCUUCAAAAAGACGAUAAAAACACUGGAUAAUCGAACUCUUGUUAUAACUUCUAAGCCAGGUGAGGUGAUAAAGCAUGGUGACUUAAAAUGUGUACGGAAUGAAGGCAUGCCUAUCUACAAAGCACCACUAGAGAAAGGCUCUCUCAUCAUACAGUUCUUGGUUAUCUUUCCCGAAAAACACUGGCUCCCCCAAGAAAAAUUGCCUCAGUUAGAAGCUUUACUUCCGCCGCGACAAAAAAUAAGAAUCACAGACGACAUGGAUCAAGUAGAACUCAAGGAAUUUAACCCCAACGAGCAGAACUGGCGCCACAGCGCAGAAGCGUAUGAAGAGGACGAUGAGGGCCCCAGGGCGGGAGUGCAGUGCCAGACGGCAUGACGUGGUGUGGCGUGGCGCGGACUAGCAAACUGAUGAAUGUAAAGUUGGCACAAUGAAAAUGGCAUCGCUUUAAUGGCCUCAUGUGUGGGGUGUCCUGUGUAUGUAUGUAUGUAUGUACGUAUGUAAGUAUGUAUGUGUUCAGCAGAAGGAAUUGCUGAGUGUCCCCUUUUUUGGUUGUAUCUUAAGUUAAUAGCUUAAUUUAUAUUUAAAUGUUUUUAAGUGUAAAUCGCAUCUAGUCUGCAUAUGGAAUCUUUUCAUUUACACUUCCAGGUUGUACCUCUGAAAAGCCACUGAUUGAAGGUUAUGGCUCUCAGUUAUCAGGCCCCUCCCCAAAGCAGAGCUCGAGCUCUAGGGAAGUCGGGCAGUUCUGGCCAACUGUGACCAUCCCACCAUCCCUCAGCUGUGACAGCAAGGGAGAGAUGCUGCCACCUCUGGGGCGGUUCUCAGCCACUGUUGCGAACAUGCCACUUUGAGGAAGGAAAAGCUCCCUUAGGUGGGAGAUAUUCCUACACCUUCCCUCUGUCUGCCUGACCAUGUGGGUCCAGCAAGGCAUGCUUUUCAGUUUUGGAAUGGAUUCUUCUACUAACCCUUCCAAAACAUUUGGCGUUCUGAGCAAAACAAAACGAAGCAGCAGUUUUGACUAUGGUCCCUCUAACUGGCCUGGUACCCAUUGUCCAUGGCUUUAUGAACACUGGCACCCCUGUAAUGGCCCAAUGUCCCAAAGGGCUUUGUAAAGGUAAAGAAAACUUAUACGUGUACCCCCACAGCCCUUCUGUGGCUUUGUCCAGCAACAAACAAUCCUCUGAUGCUGGGAGCUGAGAUAGUCCCACGUCUGAGUGGCUUCAGAAACAAUCUGUAAAGUUCUGUAAAUUGAUAGUACUAUGUUCAAUAAUAAGUUGAUGUUUGCCACUUCUUUCUCUCACUCACCUAUCCUAUAAAAUUUAACUUUUUUAAAAAAAAAGUCACGACUAAGUUUGUUUUUAUACUCGCAUGAGGGCGUUUCUCUCCAUUCUAUUCUUCCUUCUUUUAGACGGCAGUUAGCAAGUUGGUGGUCCGGCCAUAUGUUGGGAAGGCUUCCUCCUCUUACCCUGUAAUUCUCUGACAGAACUGUCAUUGGCUGUUAGUGGAUCUGUCAGCUUUACUUCCAGCCAGUCAUCUCUCUAACCUUGACCUGCACCUCAAAUGCCACUGAAUUCCAUUAUAAAAGUAGGUCUGCCUGAAAAAUGGCAUUGGCGGCAACCAUCUGUUUCAGUUGGCCAAGCACCCCAUUGAGGUGUAAUUGUUGACAGUAACGUGGGCUGUGCCAUCAGUUAAGUCUGUCCAAUGCUGUAGCAAAAUGGAAAAUGCCAAACACGAGAUAAUCAAACUGAAACGGGUCUGAUUUAGCUAUGGCGGAGAAAGUCCAUUUCUUGAAUUCGGACCUAUCUAUGAGAUAUGUCAUAGACAUGCAGUCAGGCCCAAGUGACUAGAGAAUGAAUAGCAAUGAGACCCAUUUGUACAGUGUUGAUGCCCUUUCCUAGUGACUCAGGCUAGCCAGAUUUAGCUGAUAGCAUACAGGGAGGACCAAACCUGCUCAAAAUAAAAUGUUAUGUGGGACUGUGCUUAGGAGUAAUAAAAAAGCCUGACCAAUAAUAAUGUGCACAGAGAGCAAUGUGAUGAACUUCUUUGCCUUUUGCACAAAUGGGGGUUUCACCUUCAGACUGAAUCAAGGCUUCUGCUCCCCUCCUCUUUCUAUUUUGUAUUGUUCUAACAAGAAUGAUUAGUACAUAGCACUGUUAGUUCUAUCAUAAUUUAAUUUAUUUUUCUACAUUUUGUUGAUUGAAUAGAUUGUCUAGAGGGGGCCAUAAAGGGGGGUUACUUUAAAUAAUUUUUUCACCUGUAUUUUCAAGCCAUUCUGAAAAUAAAAUUGAGCUGGUAUUAGAAAGAUAAA